GUUCAAUUCAAACUUGUUCUGAAUUUUUUAGUUGACGAACUUUUGGCGGAAAAAUCUGAAAGCUAUUCAAAAUGGCAAUCUAGUCUCAUCCCGGUCAGACAAUUGUUGAGGAUUAUUCCGAAUUACCUACUGUAGUUUACUACAUUCUGAAUUUCAACCAGAUAUAGAUUGUUUGAUCCGGUUUUAUAUUUCUAUAUCUGUAGGUUUGCAUGUUACAAAAAAGAUAAUAAAUAUUUAUCAUAAGUGAUAAAUAACACGAUAAUAAGAUCACAUAAAACCAAUAAUUUUGGCAUUAUGAAAUUAAUAUGCUUAGUUGUCCGGUACUUAGGAAUCUCCACUGAUUGCCCGGUCUACUCAUACGACGUUCUGAUUCCAUUCGAUAAAGUCUAUAGUCUGCGUAAGUGCAGUGCACGCGAUUGGUGCUACGGGCAACCGGCAAUACUAUGCCAGCUGAAUAUUAAUGAGACGAGGAGGUCCUCAUCAAAUUGACAACAUAUUUACCCCAUCAACCCAAUCCAUUAGUGCACGCUGACAUUAAAUCAGGUGGAAGCACGUACAAAUUUGGCGCUAUUACAACAGUCCCAGCUAUACCAACCACGCGCGAUGAGUCGGUAUUGUCGAGGUCGUGAAACUAUGAAAUAAUCGAUCCACUGGAUCGUACCACCGAAAUCAUGGUGUUCUUCAUUCGAAUAGUGGCAACCAGGACAGUUACUCGGAUUAAACAAGUGUUAAUUUGAUAGAAUACCAUUUUUUUGGAGUGAAAUAUGCGCAUCUAUCUGCAAAUCUUCGUCGUCGUUGCGACAUUUGUAACGGUCAUGAAAGGACAUUCCAUUCCGGAUCCACUGCGGAAUUAUAAUGUGGACCUUCAGAAAUUUGAAUUCUUCAAAUAUCCCGGCAGAUUAACACCGUAUGGAGUGAGGCCGGGUAAUCGUAAUCCUUCGUUUGCGCAGAAGGCCGCAGCUGUGUUCACAUACUUCAGGAAACUUGCCAUUGGACCUCCGAUGCAAAACUUCGGCGUCCGAGUCAAUCAGAACAGAGCGCUGCAUUUGAGGGCUGCCUAUCAGAAACAGUUUGGCUACCGGGGCAAGAAUCUCAUAGCACUGAUCGGAAAUGGACAUUCGCUGCAAGAGUUGAGGUAUUACGGUGCGAUAGGGCGUGAUUUUGGCCCAUAUUAGUUAAGGAGCAAAUUGAUAGUUGGUGUAUGAGUGAAUGAAAACUGGUGAACUAUUUAUGUUUUGUGUGAAAACAAAGAUAAGUCUUUUGAAAUCUUUCAAAUGUGAAAAACCAUGAGCAAUUCUCGCUGAAACCAGGCCGAUAUCGGCACCCAUCGUUAGAAUUGCAAU